CAAGGCACCGGAGCAGGUGAGGCCGACGGCUGUGCCCGGGCAGGUAGAGCAGCCGACGGGCCCCGCGGCCCAGAGCUCCCCCUCCUCUGGUCUUUGGUCCGCAGGGUCCGUGAUGGAGUCCGCUGCCCGGGGUCGCUCCCCGCCCUGAGUCCCUCAGACAGCCAUGCUGCCCCGAGGGCGCCCCCGGGCACUGGGGGCCGCCACGCUGCUGCUGCUGCUGCUGCUGGUGGUGGUUGGCUUCUUCCUGUUCGGCCGAGACCCUGAGUACGGACUACGGGCAGCUGCCACCUUCGAUGGAGACCCGUACGGGAGCCGCAACCGCUCCGCCUCCGGCCUGCACCCUCUACUGCCACCCAAGUGCGAGCUGUUGCAUGUGGCCAUCGUGUGUGCGGGAUACAACGCCAGCCGAGAGGUCAUCACCCUCGUGAAGUCCGUGCUAUUCUACAGGAAAAAUCCGCUGCACCUCCACCUGGUAACCGAUGCUGUAGCCAGAAACAUCCUGGAGACGCUCUUCCGAACAUGGAUGGUGCCAGCUGUGGUGAUCAGAUUCUAUGAUGCUGAAGAGCUCAAGCCCCUGAUCUCCUGGAUCCCCAACACGCACUACUCUGGCCUGUAUGGGCUAAUGAAGCUAGUACUUCCCAGCAUCCUGCCUCUCAGCCUGGCUCGAGUCAUUGUCCUGGACACUGAUGUCACUUUCUCCUCUGACAUUGCGGAGCUAUGGGCACUCUUUGCUCACUUUUCUGACAAACAGGUGGUCGGUCUCGUGGAGAACCAAAGCGACUGGUACCUGGGCAACCUCUGGAAGAACCAUAGGCCCUGGCCUGCCUUGGGCAGGGGAUUUAACACAGGUGUGAUCCUGCUGUGGCUGGACAGACUUCGGCAAACUGGCUGGGAGCAGAUGUGGACCUUGACGGCCAAACGGGAGCUCCUGACUCUGACGGCCACGUCUCUGGCUGACCAGGACGUUUUCAAUGCUGUCAUCAAGGCGCAUCCCGAGCUGGUGCAUCCCCUGCCCUGUGUCUGGAAUGUGCAGCUGUCAGACCACACACUGGCUGAGCGCUGCUACUUGGAGGCAGCCGACCUCAAGGUGAUCCACUGGAAUUCACCAAAGAAGCUUCGAGUGAAGAACAAGCAUGCAGAAUUCUUCCGAAACCUGCACUUGACCUUCCUGGGGUAUGAUGGGAAACUGCUGCGGCGAGAGCUCUUUGGAUGCCCCAACCAGCUCCCUCCUGGGGCUGAGCAGGUAAGAGGGGCCACACUACCUUGCCUUUGGGAGGUUUUGCCGCUCUGGACUCAGGUGGGCCUUGGCUGGAGGGCACGUUGUCCUGGGCCAGCCCCCUUCUUUCUUUCCCUGGACCCUGCUCAGUUGCAACAGGCCCUGGCACAGCUGGAUGAGGAAGAGCCCUGCUUUGAAUUCCGGCAACAGCAGCUCACUGUACAUCGUGUGCAUAUCACCUUCCUGCCCCACCAGCCACCACCUCCCCGGCCUCACGAUGUCACCUUGGUGGCCCAGCUCUCUAUGGACCGGCUGCAGAUGCUGGAAGCCCUGUGCAGGCACUGGUCAGGCCCCAUGAGCCUGGCCUUGUACCUGACAGAUGCAGAGGCUCAGCAGUUCCUGCAUUUCGUGGAAACUUCGCCAGUGCUCUCUGCGAGGAAGGAUGUAGCCUACCAUAUAGUGUACCGGGACGGUCCCCUCUAUCCAGUCAACCAGCUCCGCAAUGUGGCCUUGGCCCAGGCUCUCACGCCCUACGUCUUCCUCAGUGACAUCGACUUCUUACCUGCCUACUCCCUCUAUGACUACCUCAGGGCCUCUAUCGAGCAGAUGGAGCUGGGCAGUCGGCGGAAGGCUGCUUUGGUGGUGCCUGCGUUUGAGACCCUGCACUACCGCUUCAGCUUCCCUAACUCCAAGGCAGAGCUGUUGACCUUACUGGAUGCAGGCUCUCUCCACAUCUUCAGGUACCAUGAAUGGCCACAGGGUCAUGCGCCCACAGAUUAUGCCCACUGGAGGGAGGCCCAGGCACCAUACCAUGUGCAAUGGGCAGCUGACUAUGAGCCCUAUGUGGUGGUGCCCCGUGACUGUCCCCGAUAUGAUCCUCGCUUUGUGGGCUUUGGCUGGAACAAGGUGGCCCACAUCAUAGAGCUGGAUGCUCAGGAAUAUGAACUCCUGGUGCUGCCCGAGGCCUUUUCCAUCCACUUGCCCCAUGCUCCAAGUCUGGACAUCUCCCGCUUCCGCUCCAGCCCCACCUAUCGGGACUGUCUCCAGGCCCUCAAGGAGGAGUUCCACCAGGACUUAUCACGGCACUAUGGGGCUGCAGCCCUGAAAUACCUCACUGCCCUGCAGCAGUCCCAAAGCCGGGCCUGAGCUUGCCAAGCUGCCCCUGGCCAAGGCUCUCUCACACACACACACUCCUGGAAGACACUGGAGAACCCUGGUGGGUGCCCACCCUUACUGCUAUUUAAGUUAUUUAAGGUUUUUGUCAGAGGGGCUGGGGUGGAGCAUCUGCGGGGUUCCUGGCUGGUUUCCCUGUUGGGGUCCAGCCCUUCUUUGCCCCAGCUGGUUUGGGGCUAGUUCCCCCAAUCCCUUUUCAUAAUAAAAAAUUUUUAAAUUGGGGUUUUUCAUUUUA